AUGCUCUCAUUCCCUCUCACCCACUCUCAUACGCUCUCAUUCCCUCUCACCCACUCUCAUACGCUCUCAUUCCCUCUCACCCACUCUCUCACGCUCUCAUUCCCUCUCACCCACUCUCAUCUGCUCUCAUUCCCUCUCACCCACUCUCAUACUCUCUCAUUCCCUCUCACCCACACUCAUACGCUCUCAUUCCCUCUCACCCACUCUCAUACGCUCUCAUUCCAUCUAACCCACUCUCAUACGCUCUCAUUCCCUCUCACCCACACUCAUACGCUCUCAUUCCCUCUCACCCACUCUCAUACGCUCUCAUUCCCUCUCACCCACUCUCAUACGCUCUCAUUCCCUCUCACCCACUCUCAUACUCUCUCAUUCCCUCUCACCCACUCUCAUACUCUCUCAUACGCUCUCAUCCACUCUCAUCCACUCUCAUACGCUCUCAACCCCUCCCAUCCACUCUCAUCCCCUCUCAUCCCCUCUCAUACACUCUCUUUCCCACUCAUCCCCUCUCGUCCUAUCUCACACACUAUCAUUCCCUCUCAUUCACUCUCAUCUACUAUCAUACACUCAUAUUCACUCUCAUCCACUCUCAUCCCCUCUCAUCCCCUCUCAUCCACUCUCAUCCCCUCUCAUCCACUCUCGUUCCCCCUCACACACUCUCAUUCCCUCUCAUACACUCUCGUACCCUCUCACCCACUCUCAUACGCUCUCAUUCCCUCUCACCCACUCUCAUACCCUCUCAUUCCCUCUCACCCACUCUCAUACGCUCUCAUUCCCUCUAACCCACUCUCAUACGCUCUCAUUCCCUCUCACCCACUCUCAUACGCUCUCAUUCCCUCUCACCCACUCUCAUACGCUCUCAUUCCCUCUCACCCACUCUCAUACGCUCUCAUUCCCUCUCACCCACACUCAUACGCUCUCAUUCCCUCUCACCCACUCUCAUACGCUCUCAUUCCCUCUCACCCACUCUCAUACGCUCUCAUUCCCUCUCACCCACUCUCUCACGCUCUCAUUCCCUCUCACCCACUCUCAUACGCUCUCAUUCCCUCUCACCCACUCUCAUACCCUCUCAUUCCCUCUCACCCACACUCAUACGCUCUCAUUCCCUCUCACCCACACUCAUACGCUCUCAUUCCCUCUCACCCACUCUCACACUCUCUCAUUCCCUCUAACCCACUCUCAUACGCUCUCAUUCCCUCUCACCCACUCUCAUACGCUCUCAUUCCCUCUCACCCACUCUCAUACCCUCUCAUUCCCUCUCACCCACUCUCAUACGCUCUCAUUCCCUCUAACCCACUCUCAUACGCUCUCAUUCCCUCUCACCCACUCUCAUACGCUCUCAUUCCCUCUCACCCACACUCAUACGCUCUCAUUCCCUCUCACCCACUCUCAUACGCUCUCAUUCCCUCUCACCCACUCUCAUACGCUCUCAUUCCCUCUCACCCACUCUCUCACGCUCUCAUUCCCUCUCACCCACUCUCAUACGCUCUCAUUCCCUCUCACCCACUCUCAUACCCUCUCAUUCCCUCUCACCCACACUCAUACGCUCUCAUUCCCUCUCACCCACACUCAUACGCUCUCAUUCCCUCUCACCCACUCUCACACUCUCUCAUUCCCUCUAACCCACUCUCAUACGCUCUCAUUCCCUCUCACCCACUCUCAUACGCUCUCAUUCCCUCUCACCCACUCUCAUACCCUCUCAUUCCCUCUCACCCACACUCAUACGCUCUCAUUCCCUCUCACCCACACUCAUACGCUCUCAUUCCCUCUCACCCACUCUCACACUCUCUCAUUCCCUCUAACCCACUCUCAUACGCUCUCAUUCCCUCUCACCCACUCUCAUACGCUCUCAUUCCUUCUCACCCACACUCAUACCCUCUCAUUCCCUCUCACCCACUCUCUUACGCUCUCAUUCCCUCUCACCCACUCUCAUACGCUCUCAUUCCCUCUAACCCACUCUCAUACGCUCUCAUUCCCUCUCACCCACUCUCAUACGCUCUCAUUCCCUCUCACCCACCCUCAUACUCUCUCAUUCCCUCUCACCCACUCUCAUACGCUCUCAUCCCUCUCACCCACUCUCAUACGCUCUCAUUCCCUCUCACCCACUCUCAUACGCUCUCAUUCCCUCUCACCCACUCUCAUACGCUCUCAUUCCCUCUCACCCACUCUCAUUCCCUCUCAUUCCCUCUCACCCACAGUCAUACGCUCUCAUUCCCUCUCACCCACACUCAUACACUCUCAUUCCCUCUCACCCACUCUCAUACGCUCUCAUUCCCUCUAACCCACGCUCAUACGCUCUCAUUCCCUCUCACCCACUCUCAUACGCUCUCAUUCCCUCUCACCCACUCUCAUACUCUCUCAUACGCUCUCAUCCACACUCAUACGCUCUCAUUCCCUCUCACCCACUCUCAUACUCUCUCAUUCCCUCUCACCCACUCUCAUACUCUCUCAUACUCUCUCAUCCACUCUCAUCCACUCUCAUCCGCUCUCAACCCCUCCCAUCCCCUCUCAUCCCCUCUCAUCCCCUCUCACACACUCUCAUUCCCUCUCACCCACUCUCAAACGCUCUCAUUCCCUCUCACCCACUCUCAUACGCUCUCAUUCCCUCUCACCCACUCUCAUACGCUCUCAUUCCCUCUCACCCACUCUCUCACGCUCUCAUCCCCUCUCAUCCCCUCUCACACACUCUCAUUCCCUCUCACCCACUCUCAUACGCUCUCAUUCCCUCUCACCCACCCUCAUACUCUCUCAUUCCCUCUCACCCACUCUCAUACGCUCUCAUCCCUCUCACCCACUCUCAUACGCUCUCAUUCCCUCUCACCCACUCUCAUACGCUCUCAUUCCCUCUCACCCACUCUCAUACGCUCUCAUUCCCUCUCACCCACUCUCAUUCCCUCUCAUUCCCUCUCACCCACAACUCUCUCAUUCCCUCUCACCCACUCUCAUACUCUCUCAUACGCUCUCAUCCACUCUCAUCCACUCUCAUACGCUCUCAACCCCUCCCAUCCACUCUCAUCCCCUCUCAUCCCCUCUCAUACACUCUCAUUCCCACUCAUCCCCUCUCGUCCUAUCUCACACACUAUCAUUCCCUCUCAUUCACUCUCAUCUACUAUCAUACACUCAUAUUCACUCUCAUCCACUCUCAUCCCCUCUCAUCCCCUCUCAUCCACUCUCUUCCCCUCUCAUCCACUCUCGUUCCCCCUCACACACUCUCAUUCCCUCUCAUACACUCUCGUACCCUCUCCUCCACUCACAUUCCCUCUCAUCCCUUCUCUUCCACUCUCAACCCCUCUCAUCCCAUCUCUUCCACUCUCAUUCCCUCUCAUCCCCUCUCCUACACUCUAA